AUGCCCUUUCAAGUAGCAUUGUGCAAGUUUCUUCACCAGAAAAUCUACAGUGUUCAAGAAGGUAGCUCAACACCACCUUGUCUCACAGGGAACUACAUUUGCGUGAAGUGCAUCCAGUUGCAGCUCCUUGAAAACCGUGUUGGGGAUCUGGAGCAGCAACUGGAUGACAUUCAGCUUGUACAGGAGAGCGAGGACAUAAUUGAUCAAAGUUACAGGGAAGUAGUCACCCGAAGUUGUAGGAGGCGAUUCCCGGGCCUCUGCGUGCUACUGAGCGUGCGCGAGCAGUUGCCGGGCCUCCGCGAGCUACUGAGCGUGCGCAGUGCAGUUGCCGGGUCUCUGCUGCGAGUUGGUACCAUGGGUUUAGAGGGCGAGGAGGUGUCUCAUACUGGAGAACCUGAGGAUGAAGAGGAAGAAGAAGAAUUAGUGGAUCCCUUAACAAACAUCAGGGAGCAAUGCGAGCAGAUUGAACACUGUGUGCAACUGCGGUCACGCCUGGACACAUGCACAGAUCGGGUGAACUCGAGAUCAGAAACAACAGAAACAUGCACAGAGGAGCUUUUUGAUUUCCUGCAUGCCCGUGACCACUGUGUGGCUGAGCAGAUCUUCAGUAAGUUGAAGUGAAAUCCAAUUCUGAAAAAAAGUACUGGAAUUCCAUGUCCAUUUCUGAAGAAAGUACUGUGUAUUGUGUUAUUCACUAAUUUCAAACUGUGUAUAUGACAUGCAAAUCUUUGUGGUCCACUGCACAAUGAUUCGGGUGUUACUUUUACUGUGUAACUGAGUUUGGCGCCAGCAAUUGUCAUUAAUAAAUUUAUUGAACUUAAA